GUGGUAAAACGUUAUGAAAAAAAAAACGUUGGCAACGUUACUUUUAGCAAAACUCUUCAUAUUAUGUACAUACCUCAAAUUAAAUACAAAUUUACACAAAAGCAUCCAACAAAAGCUCGGUUUUGUUUUUAAAAUAAUAUGCAAAUUGGGCUAUUAGGACAAAACGUUACACUGAGGAAACGAUUCCAUCGUAGUAGGCGCUGUUUGGGAAAAGAACCAUCCCGCGUUGCCUUUGGAAGCGCAAAAUAUGUCAAACGGAACGAAACCCGUCGUCGACUGGCGCUAGUGAACUGGUGGGAAGCUGUUGUUAUUUAGUGAUCAGGCCGAAAUAAUCAUAGGCCCCCCGGGCUGAUGACAAGAUGUCCGUUACGCGCUGGAUACACUGCAACAGUUGCUUUCAUCUUUUAUCGCGAAAGGAGCGAAAGUUUUAUCAUCUUUCCUGCCGGCAUGUGCUCUGUAAGCAAUGCAUGGCUAAAACGAAUCGUGGUACAGUAUGCCCGAUAUGCCAAAAGCCCUUGGAACGCUUCACCGAGCUCAGUAAUCAGAUGGAUCGCAAAGAAAAGAUGUACUAUGAUCCCGGCUGUCUGAAGGUGCUUAGUGUGGCCUACCAGAGUGUCGUCUUUCAGCACAGACAACGGGAGAAUAUGAUACGAGGAAUUCUGCGCUGUCGUAUCGCAAUAAAUCAGAUGAAGGAAAUGGAAGAUACCAUGCGCCAGAAGAUAGUGGAAACGCAACGACGGUACGAAAAGUUUCGCACUUACCGUCGCAAUCUGCAGGAAACGAUGCGUCAAAUGUCCCCACGUUACCCUGGUGGUCCGAUGGUGGGCGACCCUACUACCAGACGACCGGCUCUGCAGCCGGCCACACCAAACCACCCGUCAUCUGCACUGUCCAAUCGUCGCGAUGACGAUCCGUCCAGUCGCAGAUACGACCAGCGAAGGACAACAACACCAACUUCAACGAUAUCAUCGAGCUUUGUCGAAAGCUUCGGAACGCCACCAUCCGUUACGGAUGGUAGCUUUAAACGGCAACAUGUAACUACGAUGAACUCACAACGAGGGAACACUGGAGCAGCACGUCAGGUCAUGGUAGAAGGAGCCAAACAAGGCUUAACCGGUAUCGAUGCUUUUGCGAACGAUUCAGGCAUUUCAGGCAUGCAAACACCUUCGUCUAGCUUAAGUUUUGGCGGAAGCUCUAGGGUAGCGGCUCAACCGCGGCACCAACAGCACCAGUAUCUCACACCGUCAACACCAUCAACCCCGGCAAGAUAUCAGUCCUAUCUGCACCACAAUCAAAUGCUGUCAUCCAUAAAUCCUCGGCCUUGAUGAUUGAACAAACACGUUCUCGGCUAAAGCAGUUUGUAUAUAUGGUCUUAAAUUUUCUAACUUUCUUUAGCUAGACUUAACAUUUUCUUGUGAAGGAAAGGCUAAUUGUUAUAUUGAAGGAUACAUGUGCUCGUAGUCCACUCUUGGCCUAACGAUCUUUUUGUAAAACCCCCACUACUAGCCGGCACAAAUAAAUAGAUGAUGCUCGAUGUACAGUUCUAUCUAGAUAAUUGAAUUUAACAGCCAAUAAAUUGGAACAUCUAUUUUAA